CGAGACGAUGGCAAACAUGUUGUGGAACAACUGACCGUGAACAUUGCAAGCAGCGCAGCAUGAGAGGACGUUGAGAGCGUUUACAGCGUGUGGAUAGAUGUGUUCUGAUGGAAGAAACCCGAAGAAUCAAUGACAUUUGAAACAGCAUGAAGGCAUCUUGUUGUCAAGUUCCAGACAGUGGAUGCACGCUGGAUCCAGAACCAACAGGAUGAACUGAGACAUUACGCGCAAGAGGUUGCCACGGGCGAGCUUUAGGUUUGACCUCUGUGGAAAUAAUUUCUGGGACAAACUCGAGGAUGUAUCAAUGAAGAAUGUGAGUGUGUCUGACUCUCUCCAAACGGGGUGGAUGAAGCCCUCGGCGGUGUCAUGCGUCUUGCCCCGCAGCCAAGCGCGCAACCCUUGCGGCUCAUAGUUCUGCUCCUCCUCACCACGGGGGUGAACCCAUCCCCGGUGCUCUCUUCGGGCUGCCCGGACAGGUGCGUGUGCGAUGACCAGCUGGUGGUUCAAUGCGCUGGGCAGCACCUGACCACCUUCCCGGUCAACUUGCCGCUGGCCACGCGGCAGCUCAUCAUCUCCAACAACCGCAUCGUGGAGCUGCCACCGCUCGCGCUCAACUACCUCUCCGAUCUGGUGUACUUGGACUGCAGCAACAACUCCCUGACCGAGAUAUCAGAGUCCACGUUUGGGAAUCUACGCAAGCUGGCCUACCUGGACCUCUCCUUCAACACCUUGAGCCGGAUUGAGGACAGGACGUUCGGCCCAUUGGCGAGCCUGGUGAUGCUGAGGAUGACUGACAACCCGGGGCUCUCGGAGAUUCAUCCGGACGCCUUUGUUGAAAACGCGGCCCUCCAGGUGCUGGAUGUGAGUCGGAACAACCUGACGGUCCUCAACAUCACCUCCCUGAUCGCGCUGCCCUCCCUGCGCUCGGUGGGGCUCAGCGGGAACCCGUGGAGCUGCGAGUGCGACAAUGAGGACCUGUGUCUGUGGGUCCACCUGGAGGGCUUCAAGUUCCAAGAUGAGGGCCAGACGGUGUGUGGCUCACCUGCUGACAUGCAGGGCCGUCGUCUGGGUGAGGUGGGCAUCCAGCUACGGACGUUAUGUCACCAGACUCUGGGCUCAUGGGACUACCUUUUCUUUGUUGUCAUCGGCUUUGUCAUCUUUGCUGCCGGAACCGUGUCAGCCUGGGUGAUGGGAGUCAUUAUGGUGCUCUAUGAGCGGUACAUCAAGAAGAAAGAUGAACAGCAGGAUGUGGACACUGAGGAAGAAACCAGCGAGACGGGUCGUACCUCGCGGGCCAGGAGUGACCAUGGCAACGGGAAUUUGAAAACGUCACAUACUGUUUAAAAGAUUUAAUCCCACUCUGCCGCAAUGGAUUCCCACAGUGCCUCCUGUCAACUUCCAGAACUGUCUGUGAAGUCUAAUGACGCUGCAGUCAAACUGAGUCUGUUUAACAGGCUCAGCUCAAAGAGAAAAGAGAGGAUUCAACAGAGAUGAAGAAUGUAAUUCUUCUUAUUUGUAGUGUGCUUUGAGGUGACCUAAUGCGCACUCUAGCUGCCAUUGUGGAUCUAAAAAUAGUUUUAGAUUUUGGGAACUGUGCUUAUUUGCUUUCAAGUUAGUUGAGAAGGUUGAUCACACUCUCAAUACCUAAUUGUAAUGAAGCUACAGCCAGAGACAGUUAGCUUAUGUAGUGUGGCUCUGUUGAGAUUUAACAAAAUGCACCCAGCAGCAUCUCUAAAGCUAAUUAAUUAACAUGUUGUAUCUCAUUUGUUUUCUUGGCCAGGAGCAACAACAAGAGUCUCUCCCUGUUACCUGGAAACUGCUCCCAACUAAGAAAUGUGUUUCCAGUCUUUAUGCUAAGCUAACUGGCUGCUGGCUGUAGCUAUAUGUUAAACAAUGUUAGAGUGGUGUCAGUCUUAUCAUCUGACUCUUAGCAAGAAAGUAAGUAAGAGUUUUCCCCCAAAAUGUCAAACUCUUUAAUGUCCAGCAGUAAUUUAUCAGUCUGGCUCAGACAUCAACCAGUUUUAGCUGGUGUGAACUGCUUGUUUUUUACCUUGACACUGUGCAUAAUGCACCUAAUUCGAGCAUUACCUACUAUUUUCAGUAGAAACCACUGUUACUUUUUAAGGUAUUUUACUAUAUUUAGAGGUGCAGAGACAAGACCAAGUAAAAAGACAGUUUAAAAAAAUAAUCCCCAUUUUUUUUUUUUACAAUAAAACAGAAUCAUUUUGGCUAUUUGGAAAAACAUACACAUACAUCAUACUAUACAAUUUGUAAUAAUGUUACAAAUUGGAUAGAUACACUUGCUGCUCAGUAAUAUGACAAUCUAGACCCUACUUAUAGGGUCAGCAUUGUUUGCACACAAAAUUCCCCAGUGGACCUCCAUGAUGGCAACAAGCAUAGCAAGAGAAUUGUGACUCAGCUUCACAGCCUCCACAUGAAUUAAAAAUGGUGUGGUCGGUCUACAUAGGAUGAAAUGCAUUUAUCCAGUGUAGAUGGAUAAAUGUAUGCACGCAUUUACACAGCAGCGUGUUCUAUGUAGUUGUAUGUGUGAUUGAGCUUUCGCAGAUGUGAGCGCCUCCAUCCUUGGUCCAGUGAUGUGUGGUUUCGCACUGAUAGUUUGCUUCCCUCAUCUAUUAGCCCAGAAACAAACGGCAGUCACAGUUUAUGUGUUGAAGAUCUAUUUGUGAAGUUUAGAGCCGACAUGUGCCAACUGCUGAGUUCUGUUUUGGCAGUCGGCCCUGCUGGAUGGCAAGUAAACAGGAGAGUGUGAUAAUUGAUUUCUACUCCAUUCUUAGUUUGGUAACGGGUUUGAGUGCAGUGUUCUAUCUGUUUCUGCAUGCACUGUUGAUGCACCGAAAAGCCUUAUGAGGUGUAAUCAUCUGAGAUUCAUUCUUAAAAAAAAAAAAAACAUGCUCCUAAUUUCUUGAUAAGUCAAUUACACUUUUUAUUUACACUUUGAAUUGAGUGAAUUUACUCCAAACCUGGUGUUUCAUGAAUUACAGCAAUAAGUCAGCUGUCCAGAAAAAGAGAAUAAUUUCAGUUCACAAUGGUAAAUAUCAAUACCUGCUUUGUUUUGUUUGCAAGUCCAAGAUCACAAACUUAGUGCAGAAUGACCACUUCUAUAUUACCUCCAUAUUUUUGCUCAAAGUUAUCUGGCUGUAACACUCCACUGACCCUGGCAUUGACUGUUAUGAACUUCUUAUGAAGGAAGGAGCAGAAAUAAAAUGAUUCCUUAUUGGACUAGGGAUGUCAAUGGCCUAAAGGUAGCUGCUCUAAUAUGCCGUCCUCUGUGUUAUAUUGUACAAUCAGCUGUGUCUCAGAAUGAUUUACUUGAUUUAAGAACAAAAUAGAACCUUUGAGGGACCUGAGAGGGAGGAGAGCCUCUCACAGUGUUUGGACCAGGUGUUCUUCCCUCACUUUAUGUCACUUUAUAUACUUUAUAUACAAGUUUUAUUAUGAAAGUGUUUGAAUUCAAAAGCUUGGGUGUAUGCAAGUCUGAGUUACUGUAAUAUAUCUUGCAGCUUGGCCAACAAGGUAAAACACCUAUUUCACAGCAGGCAUUUCGACACGUCACAGAAGGGAAAGCACAGGUGUAGAUAAACAAAUAAAUAAUGGUUGAAUUCCAUUUAGCUGUUUCUGUUUCAGGGUCCUGGUAUUGUGCAUGCUGGUUCUAUCACACUGUCAUGGCUUACUAGGACACUUAAAUAAAACUUUUUCUACUAUGAAAAGUCAAAAUAUCUGUGUUAAAAACAUCUUUUAUGCUGAUUAUGUGACUUUUACUUAUUAAUUGCUGAGCUGUCCAACUGUUGACUGACUACCAGGUUGUGAGAAGUGAGAGAGUAGUGGUACAACCAAAUGCAGUUGUGAGGAAUUGGAUAAUUACCAAGUUAAAGUUAUUUGGUACUUGUGUGAUGAAAAUGUGUUGAAGACAGAGCGGUUAGUCUGUGCUCUGACUCCGCACAAUCUGUUAUUUUCCUGUAAUGUGAUCUGCAAUACUACAAAGAAACCUUUCUUUACACAUUUACUGGCACUCGCAUUUUGUUGGGAUUUGUCCAAAAUGAACUACAAAUACAAAAAUGUUAUUGUUUUAACAAAAGAAACAGGUAUAAUAACAGCAUACUAUACAGUACAGACAUGCUGGUUAUGGGUGGUUGAGUAUCAAAUGCAUUGUCUGCUUUGCUUAAUUAGUGUUUAUCCAGAGAUAAUACAUUUGUGACAUAUAAAUGUAAUAUUAUUUUCAUUAAUCAGGGAGUGGUCUUGACUUAUGGCAGUAUAUGUAACUAUGCAUGUACCAAGCUACUGGAGAUAGUGACCCACGUACUGUAACUGUAAGUUGCCUACUAAAACAGAAUGCUGAGAUGCCUCUGAACAUUUGAACCAUUGGUUGCUGGUUGCUCUCGUGGCUUUGGGUGUAAUAUUUGCAUGGGUUCCUUCAGUAUAUACAAAAUGCAUUGCAUAAUGUGCAUGUCUGUUGAGGUCUGUGUAGUAAACUCUCAUCUAUAUCUAUAUACAGUACAUGCAUAUAUGAGUUAGUCUCAACUGUGGGCAGUAUUACAUUCUGAUGAUUAGGCCAUGUGACGCCACAGGCAAGGGUGAGGGUGCAGCCUGGAAAUAGGAGAGCUGUUGCUGUAAUUUAUGUCAGCACAGUGACACAGAUGGAAUGAUAAGGAGUACCCGCGUCUCCCUUUCUUAAUAAAUAUGUGCCUAGUUGCUAUUCUUGUGUACUGCACACAGGGCAAACAACUGGCCAUAUUGACACUUUUUGCUUCAUAUGAGCACUUGGAUGUACUUUAUAGAAGCUAAAUAUGCUGUGCUUCAAUAAUAUACUAAGUGGAUGAACUGAAAUUCAACAUUCUGCACUUUUUACACCCCCACACUGCAAACUCAGACCAUAUUUAGAGGCACAUGUAUACAUGUGCUCUGACACACAGAGACAAAAAGCAUCAGUUCUGCCCCCAUAAUCGACUCCAACACGGAUCACCAAGUACAAUGUACUGUGUAAAAGCUUAGAAGAAGUGCUCUCCUCUCACUAAUGCUACAUUAGUGACACUAACCAGAACAGCAUCGUCCCACAUCAUCACCACAGCAAAACCUAAAUUUUAAGAGUUAGACGUUUUGGGAACUAGGCUUUUUAGCUUUCUUCUUAGAUGAGAAGAUCGAUACCACUUUCAUGUCUUCAUGGUA